AUGGAUCUUGAAGGCUACGGAGAGUUCACCGGUGUCUCGGAGGACGAGGAUGACGACAUUGCACGCUUUGAGAGGCAGUGUGCAGAGCGUGCCAGAGCCGAGGGGGAGCUGCCAGAGGAGGGUUCUGAGGAGGAGGAUGAGCAAAUUAGAAAGAACCGCCUCAUGGGUGGAAGGAAAGAUAGUGGACAGCCUCAAGAUCCCAGUGAAUGGCAGGAAAAAUGCGAACUUUUACAGGAUAAGCUGGGAAGGCGAGAAGCUGAGCUUGCUCAGGUCAAGGCUGAUUUGGAGAUGCUUCGAAGUGAUGGUCUUGGCCCAGACGAUCCGCAGACGGCAUUGAAGCAACGACUCCUGGAGCUGACGAAGAAGAACCGACGGCUGCAGGUGACUGUAGAGGGACAGCGAGUCCGAGUCAAAGAGUUGGAAAACGAAGUGAAGAAGCCGAAGGAGGAAGCAAAGAAACAGGCAGAGGAGAUGAUCAUGCAGAACGCUGCCCUCCUCUAUGGCGAGGCUGGGAACAUGGAGGACUGGAAGAAGAAGUACCUCACAGCUUCGAACCAGCUUCAACAAGUUCGGCACGAGCUGCAAGAGCUUCGGGUACUGGUUCAGAAGCAGAAGAAGGUGCUUCUGAAAGAACUUGGUGGGGAGGAUUGCAUUCAGCAGGCAAUGGGAGUAGCAGAUGACCCGAUGGCUUUGCAGUGGAAGGGACGAGCAGCACAAAUCGCUCAGCUGCAGCGGCAGGUCAAGGAGCUCAAGGCCAUUUGGCAGGCGGCACAAGCACUGCUGGUCAGGAAAGUGCUAUGUGCAGUUCGGCCGAACGGCCAGGAAGAGGUGGAGCGGCUCCGCACAGAGCAGACUGAGGCGCCCAGCAUGACACAUUGCAAGACUGCUUCGAUUGGAUCUGGAAGCAACUGGCACCUAGAAUAUGGCACAGGCCGGGUGGUGGAAAGUAUCUCCACCAUGGUGGUGGCCAAUGUGCAAUUCCUUCUGCGUAAGAGUGAUGACGAUGAUGCUUUGGUGGCCCUGCUUCGGAAACAGCUGGGGCGAGAGGCGUGGUGCCCGAAACCAGCGUGCAGAGUAGCCCAAGAACUUUUCGUCUACUAUGAGACACUGUGA